AUGAUUGCCCGACAGGAUGCUGGCGGCGCUGGGGAUCCAGGAGAGGUCGCUGGUGGGGCGGACGCAGCAGGCGCAGAAGCGGCUGCUGAGGACGUCUGCGCGGCCAGCAACUUUUCAGACAAGUGGGGACUCAGGAUCGGGGCUAUCUUUGUGAUCCUGGUGACUUCGCUGAUCGGAACUCUUACACCUAUCGUGUUGCGCUCAGUCAAGGUCAUUCCACGAGGCGUCUGGGAAUUCACAAAAUUCUUCGGAUCAGGCGUCAUCAUCGCGACCGCCUUCAUCCACCUCCUCGCUCCCGCCUGGGACUCGCUCACCUCAGCCUGCCUCGUGCAGACCUACCCCACAUUCGGCGAGUACCCAUGGGCGGCUGCUAUUGCCCUCAUGGCAGUGUACUUUAUCUUCUUUGCCGAGACUGCCGCGUAUCGCGCAGGCACGGCUCGUCUGGCCAAGCUGGGUAUCAGUACCGGUCAGUUCCGCCCCCACAAGAAGCUUGACCGCAGAGCUGAUAAGACAGCUCACCACGGCGACAACAACGACCACCCUACUCACACCCACACCCACGCGGACGCAGAAGCAGCAGUCGAGCAUCACCACGACCAUGACCACGCACACAGCCCCAACUCGGCUUCCGGCUCGGGUAGCUUUGGCGAUGAGAAGGCACUGCAGCUGGACGACAAGUCGGCUACGGAUGUUCACGUAGUCAGCGAGUCGGACGUCGCCAAGCAGAUUGUCGGUGUUGCCGUGCUCGAGUUUGGUGUGAUCCUCCACUCCGUAAUCAUCGGUCUCACCCUUGCCGUUGACGAGAACUUUGUCAUUCUAUUCAUCGUCAUCAUCUUCCACCAAAUGUUUGAAGGUCUCGGUCUCGGAUCGCGUCUCGCCAUCAUGCGCUUGCCCAAGGGGUACGCAUGGGUCCGCUACGCCGCCGCUAUCGCCUACUGCAUCUGCACGCCCAUCGGUAUGGCCGCCGGUCUCGGCGCGAUCACCACCUUUAACGGGAACGCCGCCCGGAGCAACCUCACCACCGGUGUCCUCGAUGCCUUCUCGGCCGGUAUAUUGCUCUACACUGGUCUGGUCGAGCUCAUCGCACAUGAGAUCCUCUUCAACCCACGUCUGAUGAAUGCUGGCGUGGGCAAGUUGGCGUACAUCUUCAUCUGUAUGAUGCUUGGGUCGGGGUUGAUGGCGCUUCUGGGCAAGUGGGCAUAG